AGAGCCAAUCAUACGACCGUAUACUCAAUUCACUGCGGAUUCGACCAAUCAAGGCGCACGUCACGAACGGGUCAUCACUUCAACUUCCUAGCGGGAAGCGGAAGAACAAGGAGCUGCAUGGAAUAACGCCGACUCAAUGGUAAACAACCACCUUAACAAGUAUAUGCAGUAAAAGAAGAUGAGACUCUCCCGAGCUGAAUACAAGGAGAUAGUGAGAUGGACAGAGCAACUGAGACCAACACGCCAGUGUAUGAAGAUGCUCAAGGAAAGAUUUUCAAAUCACUCGCAGUCCACUCUUCUGAGCAUCUUCUCCCUGGAGUACCAGAAACGGACCAAGAGGACAAUCUCAAGGCACCAUGCACCUGAUGUCAUUGAAAGCCACUACGAAAGGUAUCUGAGCGAGGCCAAGGCACAUCCCUCUGCUCCCGUCUUGCUGGAGCUGGCCAAUGAGGUGGAUUUGUCUCCUGCGCUGAUGGCUCGCAUCAUCCUAGACAGGUUCCUUCAGCAUCUGGAGGGUGGAAUGCCAUCAAAAACAGUCCUCAACAGCAUGCUCAAGGAGCCAUCACUAAUCCCGGACCAAACUUUGGCCAAGAAUGUGUACCAGUGCACAGUAAAUGACUGCUGUUAUGGACCACUGGUAGACUGCAUCAAACAUGCUAUCGGCCAUGAGCACGAAGUCCUGCUUCGUGACAAACUGAAGGAGAAGAAUCUGUCUUUUCUCGAUGAAAACCAACUGAGAGCUAGAGGCUAUGACAAAACACCAGACAUCAUCCUGGAGGUUCCAGUUGCUGUGGAGGGACACAUCAUCCACUGGAUUGAGAGCAAAGCCUCAUUCGGAGACGACCACAGUCACCGCACUUACCUCAACGAACAGUUCUGGAGCUACUGGAACAGGGGACGUCCCGCCUCUGUUACUGCUCCCGUACUACUCAGAAGAUGGAAAAUUGAAGGGACUGAGCCUGGGCCGUACACAAAAAUUCGGACCUGGCCUCGUCAUCUACUGGUACGGUUUUAUAGGAGAGCUGGACUGCCAGAGAGACAGAGGCAUCCUUCUCAAAGACUGCUUUCCUACGGACAUCGUCACCCUUGGUUAUGCUGCCCAACAGGACUGAAGCCGGACUAAAAGGGUGGGUGUAGACUUCGGAAGGAAUGAGAGUGGCGGAUGGCGAGGCAGGAAGGGAAGGAACAGUAACACCGGACCGCCGGAAUCCGGAAGUAAUUUAGCUUUCCUGCGUGGAGAUGACUUGCUGCCCUGAACUCCAACUGACCCUAGUCUUUUCUACCUUUCUCACCCCUUUGCUCAACUGUACAAGACCCAUGGAGGGUUUCUUGGUUCUCCCGGUUUCCGGUUGGCCCCUCUGAAAUGGACACCAAGGGUAACCUCGAGGACCAGUGCUGGACACAAGGUCCUUCCUUAUCACACCCAGAGUCCUGGCCUUUGUCACUCCUUCCUCUUCCGUUCUGUAAGCAGAUAAGUGAGGUGCGGUUCAUGGGGGUGGCUGGGAGGACGCCUGGCUUUCUCUCACCUGCGUCACUCAGUGCUCUCUCAGUCACUCUCCAAACGGAUAAACAACAAAUGAUGGCUGAUUAAGACCGUGGCCUCAUUGUGACCUCUUUCCUCCCAAACUAUUAAUUUUGUUGCAAGAUUUCUAUUAAUUCAUCUUCAUAUUGGCUGAUUAAUUGAGGGGGCAUUAUUUGGCCAUGCACUUCUAUGUUCUGCUUUUUAGUGCGUCUUCAGAAAUUAGCAAGCUUAUUAAAACGUCAUUAUUUCAAUCAUUGCUGAUUGACUUCAAAACUGCUGAAACCAUUCAAUGAAACUCAUAUUUUAACCAGUGAGCAUUUAUAACUUGAUAUUUGCAGAUGUAGAUCCCAAAUGAUCAAAUAUUUUUAAAUAGAUAAAGUCUGGGUAGAAGUGGCACGGCGGUCGAGUGGUUAGCGCACAGACCUCACAGCUAGGAGACCUGGGUUCGGUCCCGCCCUCUGCCAUCUCUGUGUGGAGUUUGCAUGUUCUCCUCAUGCAUGCGUGGGUUUUCUCUCCGGGUUUUUUUCCUCCCACAUUCCAAAAACAUGCUAGGUUAAUUGGCCACUCCAAAUUGUCCAUAGGUAUGAAUGUGAGUGUGAAUGGUUGUUUGUCUAUAUGUGCCCUGUGAUUGGCUGGCGACCAGUCCAGGGUGUACCCCGCCUCUCGCCCGAAGACAGCUGGGAUAGGAUCCAGCACCCCUGCGACCCUCGUGAGGAUAAGCGGUAGAAAGUGAAUGAAUGAAGUCUGGGUAGAUUGAUAGUCAUCACGUUAUGGUAAUCUGUAAAGGUUCAAUCAAGGCAGCUCUUUGGUGAAGUUACGAUAUCGUUCCUAGAUGAUGAUAUUGUAGACUAUGAAAUCUGGUUUGUCAUUUGAAACUAAAUUGUACAGUCAAAAGUUUUGUGUUAUCAAUAAAAACUCUGAAGUGUCCAAUGCAUAUGUGUAACGUAAAAGUUGUAAAAGUGACUGUUGGACAAAACAUAUCUUUACAACCCCCAAAUUCUUUUAGAGUGGACUCUAAUGGAAGAAACAUUACUGGACUCCUGUAAAAGCAAAAGCAAAAAAAAUGUGACCAUAAAGUUGACUGAUGCUUUUAGAGGAAGAUAUGCAUUGCCUAUAGGGUUGCAGUCCAUGG